GAUAACAGCUUUGUUCCUGCGCAGAUGGUGUGAUUGUAGGCACCGAGCGGUCGGCUUGUUGCACGGCUCGCCGGGAGGAGGACGCCGUGGCUCGCCUUUCUUCCGCUCCUCCGCUGCUACCAUGAUUCCGGUGUCGCUGGUAGUAGUGGUGGUGGGCGGCUGGACUGCGGUCUACCUGACCGACUUGGUGCUGAAGUCAUCUGUGUAUUUUAAGCACUCUUAUGAAGACUGGCUAGAAAACAAUGGAUUGAGCAUCUCCCCUUUCCACAUAAGAUGGCAAACUGCUGUUUUCAAUCGUGCCUUUUACAGUUGGGGACGGCGGAAAGCAAGGAUGCUUUAUCAAUGGUUCAAUUUUGGAAUGGUGUUUGGUGUAAUUGCCAUGUUUAGCUCUUUUUUUCUCCUGGGGAAAACACUGAUGCAGACUUUAGCACAAAUGAUGGCUGAUUCUUCUGCUUCUUAUUCUUCCUCCUCUUCUUCCUCUUCUUCCUCCUCUUCCUCUUCCUCCUCUUCUUCCUCCUCUUCUUCCUCCUCCUCACUUCACAACGAACAGGUGCUACAAGUUGUGGUUCCUGGUAUAAAUUUACCCGUCAACCAACUGACCUAUUUCUUCGCUGCAGUCCUCAUUAGUGGUGUUGUACAUGAAAUUGGACAUGGGAUAGCAGCUAUUAGGGAACAAGUUCGAUUUAAUGGCUUUGGGAUUUUUCUCUUCAUUAUUUAUCCUGGAGCAUUUGUUGAUCUGUUCACCACUCAUUUGCAACUUAUAUCACCAGUCCAGCAGCUAAGGAUAUUUUGUGCAGGUAUCUGGCAUAAUUUUGUCCUUGCGCUCCUGGGUAUUUUAGCUCUUGUCCUCCUCCCUGUGAUUCUCCUCCCCUUUUACUACACUGGAGUUGGGGUGCUUAUCACUGAAGUUGCUGAGGACUCACCUGCAGUUGGACCCAGAGGUCUUUUUGUGGGAGACCUUGUUACCCAUCUACAGGAUUGUCCUGUUACUAAUGUUCAAGAUUGGAAUGAAUGUCUAGAUACCAUUGCCUAUGAACCCCAAAUUGGUUACUGCAUAAGUGCAUCAACUUUACAGCAGUUAAGCUUCCCAGUUAGAGCAUACAAACGGCUAGAUGGUUCAACAGAAUGCUGUAACAAUCAAAGCCUCACAGAUGUGUGCUUUUCCUACAGAAAUAAUUUUAAUAAGCGUUUGCAUACAUGCCUACCUGCCCGGAAAGCAGUUGAAGCCACCCAAGUUUGUAGAACCAAUAAAGAUUGCAAAAAAAGCUCAAGUUCAAGUUUCUGCAUAAUACCUUCUUUGGAAACUCACACUCGCUUAAUAAAAGUGAAACAUCCUCCUCAAAUUGAUAUGUUAUACGUAGGACAUCCACUGCACCUGCACUACACCGUGAGCAUCACCAGUUUCAUCCCACGUUUUAACUUUCUAAGCAUAGAUCUACCUGUGGUUGUGGAGACAUUUGUCAAGUACCUAAUUUCUCUCUCAGGAGCUCUGGCUAUUGUUAAUGCAGUGCCCUGCUUUGCUUUGGACGGACAAUGGAUUUUAAACUCUUUCCUUGAUGCUACCCUUACCUCAGUGAUUGGAGACAAUGAUGUGAAAGAUCUGAUAGGAUUUUUCAUCUUGCUGGGUGGCAGUGUACUUUUGGCUGCCAACGUGACCCUGGGACUCUGGAUGGUUACAGCACGGUAAUAUUUGUGCUCAUCUGACAGAAUCUCCGAGUUACAACAUGCAAUAUUGAAAACCAUUAUUUGGUAUGAAAUGUAGAAUAUUCCCUUAAAGUUACAUUUUAGCCAACAACUUGUAAGCGCCUCCUAUAUCCAGAGUAUCCCAACUCUGAUGGGAAUAAACAGAAGAAAUGCAAGGUAUAGUUCUUGACUACAUUUUAGUUUUAAAGACUGAACUUACAAUGCUCAUGAACUUAUAACUGCAGAAGCUCGUAGAACAAUUUCUAAACAAGUGCAGGUUCUUAUUAAACCAUUUUGUGUGACUACAAAUCAUGUCGCAAUAAUUUAAAGGAGAAUUGAAUUAGGUGGAAUUAAUUGGGGGAACUUCUUGAAAAAGCAUCAUUAAUCCAGAUUUGAAGGAGACCAGACUUUGGCCAAGUGGUAGGGUAAGCAUUUUCUUGGCCUAUAUCUCUUGCCCUUUGUCUUGUUUGAAAAGUAUUUUAAAACUUAAUGGUGUGUUGGUUUGUACUCUUGAUAAUUGAGGUUCAAUUAUAAUUAAAUUAACAAAAUUCUAUCAAAGAAUCUCUUACAGGAAAGGUAAAAUCUUUGUCAAAUGAUACCAAAUAAGGGAACAAAGUAGGAAAUAGAGCCCACAAUAUCUUGAGACAUUUUUAUGCCCCACAAGAGUUACCUCUUUGAGAAUGUGUUUCCCAUUCCCUUGAAGUAGCACUUAGCCUUGACAUUUAUAAUGAGCUGCAGGAAGUGUCUCCUACUUGCAGCCUGUGGGCUGAGGCAGUUAGGGGUUAACCUCAGAACUGAGCUAGGUCUUCCAGUGGAUCACAAGACACAUCACAGGACCUCUGUGAUCCUGGUUACCAUUGUCUACAGAGCUUUGAAGCUUGGAACCCUUCCAGGGUAGAUAUUUUCUCAUGCUGCUGGGGCUAUCUGGGCCCUAGCUCCUGGGUUCCUGUCUUCAAGAAGCAACUACCUUAAGCUCAGCUGUGCUCUGUCCUCACCAGCAGCUCCCCAUGUUUCUCUGUGUUGGGUAAUAAAACAUCUAGUCCUGGCUUUCCACCUUUCUCCUAAGCUACCUCAGUGGGUCCACAGAAGACUUGGUAGUACAAUGAGAAUGGCUAUACAUGAACGCAAACGUGAAUUGGCCAGAGCCUGGGAACCAACUCUCGUGCCUGAAAAACUCAAUAUAUAAUUCCCAGGGAGAUGCAGCCCUAGGAGAUUUGGAAAGUCAGCAGGCCACUGUAGUCUUAGAAGUGUAUGGGCAUGCUUUUCUUUGAUGACAAAUGUGUGCUUCUCAUACACUCAAGAACACCAACAGUCAUGUAGCCAACUUCUUCACUAAGUGAAGUCUUCCAUGGGGGUUCACCUUUUGCAGAUCAGUGAGUUGCUAUUUAGGCACUAAAACUUUUUAAUCAUUUGUAAUUAACAAACUCUUUUUAGAUUGUAUUACACAUUUGCCUGCCUUCUUAAACAAAUUAUGUAUUGAGUAUGAUUUUAAUUAAUUAAUGACUCGAGAUGGUCAUUUAUUACCACUACUAAAACCAUACACAUAAUUGGUUUAUCCCAGGAAAAGGGCAUUUGUUCUAUUUGUAGGCAGACAGUCAUUCAGGAUCAAAGUGUGUUAGCAGGAUAGUGUUCAGACCUGUUCAGGUAGAACUUGGGGAAUACCAUGAAAUACUUGCAUAAUGAAUUCAAUGACAUGAACUGAGUAGUUUAUUAAUGAAAAUGCUGUAUAUGUGCAGGUCAGUUUUUUAAAAACUGAGAAAAAUUUAGUAGAGAAAAUCCUUCCCAUUAAUUUUCUUUUCUGGGUGGAAAAAAAAACCCAAACACUUUUUUUUUGUAGCUCCAUAGGUUCAAGAUUUUGGGAACCAUUUCUAUUAGGGUAUUGAACAGAUCAGCCCCAUUUGUGUAUAAAUGUCCUCAUCAUGUAAGGAAAGAAGGAAAUGUUACGUGUUAUCUCUUCAGCUUGAUUGUGGGCACUUCUAGAGCAAGGACCAUGUCAUACUCAUCUUUGCAUCCCUGACACAGUGCAUGAGACAUCAUAAAUACUUAAUAAGUGCGGUUGAAUGGAUGAUGAUUAGUGUUAUUUAUGGAUUAGGAAAGCAUGUAUCUAUUUAAGUAAGCUAUAAAAAACUAUUAAAUAUUUACUAUAUAUGUUAACAUAAAAAACAACUCAGAAGGUCUGUGUGUCCCUGGUAUAUUAUCAUCUUUAUGAAAAUAACCCAUUUUGGUUUCUGUUGAACGAUUAGAAAAAUGAAAAAAAAUGGAUUAUCUUGAGAAUUUGAAGAAGGUGUUCUUUCUGUGUUGUCACUUUGUUCAACAAAAUUUUAUUUUCAGUGUUCCUGCUCUGCAUUGUUUACAUUUUUGAGGAUUUUUAAAAAUCACCUACAGUCUGUAAAGAAUGUAUAUAUUCUCUUCAGCAUCUCAGUUUUGAAAGACAUACAGUUGAACUCAACCUUUUGAUAAUCAGUCUUGUAGGUCAUUGUCUGUUCUAACAGUAAAUUGUAAACAUGUGCGUCAUGGAUCUGUGGCUCCCAGUCAUCAGUUUGUCCUAUGGUAUUUAUUGAAUGUCCAUGUACUAAUGGUGCACAGAGAUUUUUUCUCUAAAUCUUUCGACUGUUCUGUAAUUCAUUCUUAAGGUUUAACUUGAAAAUACCAGAGUUGCUGGCAUAUUGUGUAUAGCAAUAAAAAUAAAUAAAUGAGUACCAGCAUUCUAUGUUUUAUCAUCA